AGGUCGUCGUCUGAACUACAGACAUUACCCAUCACGAAGAAGACGAGCUAGUUUAGCGCUAGCUGGCUGACGCUGCGUUAGCUCGUUGCUAACCACCUGAAUUUAAGAAAGACAUUUUUUAUUUACAAAAACAAAACAGAUUACACUUUUUUUUUCGGGGGAUGCUUAUCUAACGUGAGUCGUGACAACAUAUGUUUGGUUUAAAUCCGCGCCGGCCCGUCAGGAUGUUAAAGCUCCUGAAUUAGCACCGAGAGGGCCUUGAAUCCGCGGUGCUCGAGUGAACGCGCAGCCCGGGGGGAGGCAGCACACCGCGGGGUCUUGAGAGCGAGAGGCACACAGGCUAAGCUGCUGAUAUCCACUGCACCAAAACCGUUUUCCUAAACAUGUCACACAACGGACCUCCUCCUCGAUGGCGGAAUUGUCCCAGAAGAGGACAACCUGUGGCAGGUAAAUUCCUGCCAAUGAAAACGAUGUUGGGUCCCAGAUACGAUGAUCAAGUUGCAGAGGAGAACAGGUUUCACCCGAGCAUGCUGUCCAACUAUUUAAAAAGUUUAAAAGUGAAAAUGGGUUUGCUCGUGGAUUUGACGAACACUACUCGCUUUUACGAACGCGGCGACAUCGAGAAAGAAGGCGUCAAAUACGUGAAGCUUCAGUGUAGAGGCCACGGAGAAUGCCCUUCAAAAGACACGACCGAAAUGUUCAUCAGGCUCUGUGAGAACUUCAUGGAGAAGAAUCCCCAAGAACUGAUAGGUGUUCACUGCACGCACGGUUUCAACCGCACAGGCUUUCUGAUAUGCGCAUACCUUGUGGAGAAGAUGGACUGGAGCGUUGAGGCAGCCGUGGCUGCUUUCAGCCAGGCCCGGGCCCCGGGGAUCUACAAGGGAGACUACCUCAAAGAGCUUUUCCGUCGCUAUGGCGACGAGGAAGACGCGCCCCCUGCCCCCGCGCUCCCCGAGUGGUGCUUCGACGACGGGGAUGACGGGGAAGUGGACGACGACGGCAACGCUGUUGGCCAGGAGUCGGGCCCCAGCUCCUCCGGGUCAGCGGCUGGCAAACGAAAGAAGGAGAAGCUAAAACUGGGAGCAGUAUUCCUUGAAGGCAUCACAGUGAAAGGCGUCACGCAGAUCACCACACAACCCAAACUCGGAGAGAUCCAAAGAAAGUGUCAGGAGAUGGCCGAGUGGGACAAGUCUGGUUUUCCUGGUGCUCAGCCGGUGUCCAUGGACCGGCAAAACCUGCGUUUCCUGGAGCAGAAGCCAUACAAAGUCAGCUGGAAGGCCGACGGCACACGGUACAUGAUGCUGAUCAACGGAAAAAAUGAAGUAUUCAUGGUCGACAGAGACAACUCGAUCUUCCACAUAGCGAACCUAGAGUUUCCUUUCCGGAAGGAUCCACGCGUCCACUUAGCAAAUACUCUGUUGGACGGGGAGAUGAUCAUCGACAAGGUGAACGGCCAGCCUGUCCCUCGCUAUUUGAUAUACGACAUCAUCAAAUACAACGGACAGCCUGUCGGCCAGUGUGAUUUCGGCAUCCGGCUGUUAUGCAUAGAAAAGGAGAUCAUUUCUCCCCGGAUGGAAAAGAUGAAGAUCGGACAGAUUGACAAAACCAAGGAGCCCUUCAGUGUCCGGAAUAAACCCUUCUUUGACAUUCAUGCGUCACGCAAGCUCCUGGAAGGCAGCUUCACGUCCCAGGUUAGCCACGAAGUCGACGGGCUUAUCUUCCAGCCAUGCGGGAGAUACAAGGCUGGGAGGUGUGAUGACAUACUCAAGUGGAAGCCUCCCAAUCUGAACUCUGUGGACUUUCGCCUCAAGAUCACCAAAGUCGGAGGAGAAGGGCUGAUUCCACAGACCGUCGGCUUGCUCUACGUCGGCAGCUAUGACAUGCCCUUUGCAAAUAUGAAGGCCAGUAAAGAGCUGAAACAGUACGACAACAAGAUCAUCGAGUGCACCUUCGCCAACAACACCUGGGUGUUCAUGAGGCAGAGGGUGGACAAGAGCUUCCCCAACUCCUACGACACGGCGAUGGCUGUGUGUAAAAGCAUCCGUGAGCCCGUCACUAAGGAAAUCCUCUUGGAGUACGUGGACCGCUGUGCUCAGGCAGUCCAAGCCCAGAACCGGAAACACGCGCCGGACCCGGACUCUGAGCUAAUGCCCCCUCCCCCUCCAAAGAGACCCAACCGGGCCAUCCCGUAGCCCCCCCCCCCCCCCCCCUCUUACACAGCUGGACUGCUUCUCUACAGUCACAUUGUACAUCUACAUCACCAGCCACAUCGACAGACAACAGACAUUUCAAGGCUUUCUUACCCGCGGCACAUUUGCUUUAUCAGCCCGUACAUGUAAGGACUCCAGAAACAUUUGAUUGACAGCCUCGUUAAUUUACCUUGUAGACUUCUUUGUAGCUUUAAUUGCUGGUGUUCUUAUUAAAAUGAAAAUCCUGAUGCUUAGUUACAUUUUUUUUUUGUUUUUUGUUGUUUUGUUUUCUUAUUUAUCUUUUUUAAAGUCUGAGCUGAUUGGUAUUUAUCAACAGGGGGACUUUGUUGUGGCUACAAUUACCAUCUGACAAUGAAGACCUUGUUUAUGUUUUGUCGACAAGUUCCUUUAUUUGUAUUGAAGGAAGAGUAAACCUCAUGAACGCUC